AUGGUCGAAGAAAUACCUCAAUAUGUCAUGGAGAUGCAAGAAGAACAACCCGACAAGCGCAACCCGACACAGGUCACUAUGCAGGUCGCACCUUCUUCACCAACACCAUCCUUCCCACUGCACGUCCAUGCCGAACCUCAGCCAAUAUCCCAUACAGCGCUAGAGUCUGCAAGCUCAGAACCAGGCAAAAGCACCCAAAUAACGACCCUUGGAAAUACUCAAAACGCCUGUUCCGACUUGAGCACGCCAGCGUUGGGUGAUGACUCGCUCAGGGACACUGAAGCACAUGUCCAGGCACAACUUCAAACCUACUGGCCACCUGUGACUGAGAUUUCUGUAGUUUCAGAACUUGAGGGAUUUCCAGAAACAAAAGCGCAAUUACAAGAAGAUACACCUGUCCCUCACGCGACUUCGCUCACUCCACCCCCAAGCCAGGAUCAGGAUGACAAAACGUCCAUGACGCCACCAGGUACUCCCCCUCAGGAUAGAAAGAAAAUAGCAAAGCAUGAGCGCUUCGAGCUCUCCAAAAUCUUCGAAAAUACACGACACAGCAUGCGCUAUAAGACUUACAGGAUGUUCAUGCUAGGUUCACGGGGAUUCGAGCGCGCUAAUUUACUACCUACAAGGCAGACGAGGCCUCCACUGCUGAAGCGGCGGUAUAGCAUCGAUGUCAAUACUAGCGAAUACUGGGGCACCUGCUUCGCAAUGGACUGGAAAGAAACAGAGAUCAAGCGUCCGCUUCGUCAGUACGGAUCUUUCGACUUGGAACCUCUACCCAUCCUUUCCCACUGGAGUUUUGUUCCCCAUCCUGGUCGAUAUUCCGCAUUCUGCACAAUAUUUCAAUUGAACCCGCCAUUUGAUUCCAACGUGUAUCUCAGGCUGGGGGAUGUUACAAUUCAAAACGAUUCUUUCUGCCAUAUCAGGAGUACAAGCUGGAACCAUGGCGAGCCUUGGAUGCGGGACGAAAGUCUAGAUAUGGCUCUGGAAGUCCUCUGUCGAGAUUACAAUUGUGAAAAUCAUGGAAUCGCAAUCGCCAACUCCAUGGUCUCACAAAUAUGCUUUUUCGCUGCAGAAAGUGAAGAUAGCAGUCCCCAGGAGUACUCUCAGUAUAGAGCCCGCUUCGAGAACAAGUCAUGGAUUUUUCUUGUUAUCAACGAUGCAAUCGGUGGCGUUGAGAGCGAUUGCUUGCAAGGAAAUCACUGGUCGCUUCUCGCCAUCGACAGAAUACAUUAUACAGUCUCGUAUUACGAUUCUCUAUUUCUUGAUGACGAACAAUCUCGACACCUUGGUUUCCAAAUCGGUCGAGGCAUGCUGAAAAUCCUACAAGAAGAUGUCAAAAAUUGGCGAUAUCGGAUCCAACAGUAUACCCCGCAUCAGAACUACCACAACCAAUUCGACUACGAUGAUGGUGCCUGUGGACCUUUCGUGUACAAGAUGACCGAAGUGCUGAUCAGACGCAUCAAACUUCAUCAGUCGCGUGGUGAGGAAAACGAGUGUUCUCUUGAACUGUGUGAAGACUUCCCGCUGGAUUUCAAAAAUCAGUUUCACUCAUUCCUAGUUCGCCGCGAAAUACAGAAGAGGAUUGCCCGCUGGAAAGCCAUCGUUGAUGCUCCUUUUUUUGCAUACAACCAUGACCAUGAGGCCAUCCGUGGCGAAUGUGUUGAACUAGAUGACCACCCGGUUAUUGAGUUCGAAAUACCGCGCCGACCAGAAACACCUGUAGACUGGCCUGCCUCCCUAGAAGAUUAGAAUCAUAAAAUGCUCGAAAACUGCAGUGAUAGCGGCAGUAGCCGAGCAAGUUGCUUGAGCGAGACGACUAUAGUCUUGGCGCUAUCGCCUGAUCCACAGGAGAUUUAUGCUGAUGGGGAUACUAACCAUGACCAAGACGAAGACGGCGGUGGUAGCAUUCUCGGUCCUGGAAUCACUCACGAAGAGUCUACCCCUGACGGCAUACAGAGGACUACAAACUCGCCCAUACCAUCCGAUGCCGAAAGCGAUCAAGAAGAGAUUGAUAGACGCGUCUGAAGCAGCCCACUGGCAAAAUAUUUUUUGUUACUGCUCGACUGGUUUGAGGGAAAUUUAUAACGGAGGUAGUUUCUUUUCAACUUGGAUUGCGUGUACUGUCUCGGGAAA